AUGUCCAACCAUCUCAACCUGCGGCAGCGCAUGCAUCGCCGCGUCGUACCCAGGUCCGCCAGCGGUGGGCCCGCCCCCACCAUCAUCCAGGAGCCCACCAUCAUGGGUCCUACUAUUGGUGGUCAUCCCUCGCAGACCGCCUCUUCGUCACCUACGUCUUCUGCGCCCACUUCGAGCGCGCCCACUUCUUCGCCAACCUCAUCGAGCACUCCUCAAUCCAGUUCUCCGUCUGAGACUCCGUCAGCUUCGGCUUCCUCAUCUUUGUCGUCCUCCUUGUCGUCUUCGUCGUCGCCUGCGUCCUCGGCUGCGCCUUCAGCCUCGUCUGUCUCGAGCUUGUCGUCGGUUUCGUCCUCUUCUUCAUCACCGGCCUCCCAGACGAACGGCAGCAGUUCUACCCGCAACGUAGCUACUAACGCUGCUGCAACUUCGCUUGCCACCGCUACUCCAACUGGGCGGAGCACCGUCUUCGCGACGGAGACUGCGCCUCUCUCUCUUGCGAGCAACGCUGCUUCUCCGAGCGCUAGUUCGUCGUCUUCCCAUUCUUCGGGAGUGAGCACUGGUGCGGUCGUUGGCGGUGUCGUCGCUGGAAUCAUCGGCGUGGCUGGUAUCCUGUUCGCGGUCUACUACUUCUGGCGUCGCUCUAAUCGUUCGGAAGAUGAACCCAUCGAAGACUUCAACGCGAUGGCCUUCAAGCGCCAGUCCAUGAUACUUCCUGAUGACGGGGACAUCUCUCGGGCUCCAUCCUUGAAUCGCAGGGACAACACGAAUUACAACAUGCCUCCGCCGUCGAUGAUGAACGAGCAAAUGAUGGCUUAUGCACCCCCGUCGUUAGCAGGUCGCGGCGCGUACUACAAUGGGUUCCCCGCGCAGCCGUCAUUCGCUCCGGCUCAGCAUGACUCGACGGGUCCUGUGCAAAGCAUCCCGCAGACGCCGAAUUCUGGGAAUCCAUUCCUCGACCAGUUCGGUCAGCCGGUGUCUGCUGGUCCGUACAGCCCUGGGUUCCCUGGUCAAGGCGCACCGUCCGUCGACCUUCCGCUGUCUAAUGGAGCAGCGCAGUAUCUGUCCCGUCAGCCUCACUCCGCUGGGACGUUGAAUGGCACGCCGAACGAUGCGCACUAUGUGGACCUCGAGCGCUCCAGCGUCACCCCGUUCCAGGCUGCUCAGUACGUUGAGAUUUCGCGCCGCCUCAAUACGGCUCCUCCUCUGCCGUUCCCGUCGCCCGCUGCCGCUGCGAUUGCCGAGGAGGCUCUGAACGAGUCCGAGUUGCCGCCCAUCCCUGAGAAAGAGCGUCCUGUUAGCCCGCCUCUUCCCGCUAUCACCGCCGUCCCUCAGGAAGAGAGUUAUCUUAGCCCUGCUGCUGCAGAGAUGCCUGUUCCCGCUGCUGCCGCCGUCUCCGAGGAAGAGCGCAACUCUGGACCAUCGCCCUUCUCUGAUCCUUCGGUGCACGAGCAGGCGUUUGAGCACGCAGGCGAUGACGCGUCGGUCCGCGACUCGCUCCCCCUGCCGCUACCCGUCUUCUCCUCGCGCGAGCGCAUCACUUCCAACCCGCCCAUGUUACCCGAGAUAUUCCAGCAGCGCCCGUUCUCGCCCGUUGCCGCCGAGUUCCCCCAGGCCCCGUCGUCGCCGGUCCCGUCACCCUUGGCCUUGCACAGCUUCCCGGCUCCGCCGCCCCUGGCGCACUUCCCCGACGCCGCUACUGCUGUACGUCCGCGCCCCACAGUUGAAGCGGGCAGCGAUCAGCCGGACCUCUCGAAGCGGGGGACCACGUACACGGUCUAUGACGAGGAGGACGCCUACGGCGGCAUUUAA